GGGGCUGAAGGGGCAGCACACUCAGGGCGGGGUGCUCUGCUUAGGUCUGUUUGACUGGAGCAAGGAACUACAACUCCCUAAAUGCACUGCGCCGCUGGCUGGCGCGAGGCAGUGACGUGAGGGUUUUGGUCACUACCAUUUCUCGUGGGGGGGGGAGACGGUGGCGAAGGCUGAUGACGCGCUCUUCGUGAGGCUGGAGGGUCACCGGAGGUCAGCCCAGGGUCAGCGGGCUGCCGGUCUCAAAGCGCCUUCGCGAACCUUCCGUGCUUGACCAAUUUAAACGGACGGUCUACUUACCCUUAAUUACAGAUCCGGAUAUUUGCUUCCUGUUUGCCCCGCUGCCUCCCCACCCCGGGCCGGCAACUGAGCCAGGCGGACGCUACUUGCCCACCCGGAGCCAUGGUCCACGCUUUCCUCAUCCACACCUUGCGGGCUCCACAGGCCCAGGAUACGGGCCUUUGCCGAGUGCUCUACUCCUGCGUCUUUGGUGCCGAGAAUUCACCCGAUGACCCACGACCACAUGGUGCUGAGCGGGACAGGCUCCUCCGAAAGGAGCAGAUUUUGGCUGUGGCCAGGCAGGUGGAAUCCAUGUGCCGGCUGCAGCAGCAGGCAUCUGGCCGGACCCUCAUGGACCUGCAGCCUCAGUCCUCAGAUGAGCCAGUGCCCCUGCAUGAAGCCCCCCUUGGGGCCUUCCGCCUGGCAGCAGGGGACCCUUUCCAGGAGCCUCGGACAGUGGUAUGGCUGGGCGUGCUCUCAUUAGGCUUCGCCCUGGUGCUGGAUGCCCACGAGAACCUGCUACUGGCUGAGGGCACGCUCCGGCUGCUGGCACGCCUCCUCCUCGACCACCUCCGGCUGCUGACCCCCAGCACCAACCUCCUGCUUCGGGCUGAUCGCAUUGAGGGCAUCCUUGCCCGCUUCCUGCCCCAUGGUCAACUGCUCUUCCUUAAUGACCAGUUUGUCCAGGGUCUGGAGAAGGAAUUCAGUGCUGCGUGGCCCCGCUAACCACUCCCUGGGAUGGGACUUCCUGAGAGGGCAAGGAGGGAGGACAGGGACGGAUGGACACACACACAGCCAGGUGAAGCUUGGCAUCGGCCUCCUUCCCAGCCUGCUCCCAGCCUAGGUGUGGUACCACACCCAGGACAAGUGGACACCACAAGCUGGCAGGAAAGGGGGCUGGGCGAAGGGUGGUGGGGAGGAAUCCCAGAACAUCUUGUGCCUGGAGGUGCCAUGUGACUCAUUCAUACUGCUGCAGUGGGCCAGCCCCACCUGUCCUUGACCCCGGUUUCUCCCAUCUCCGGCAGCCAGCCCCAAAAACAGUCCAGCAGUUGCUAGUGUUGGAGCAUGAGGAGCGGAACUCAGCCCACUUUCUCCUUCCAAGCCCACAGUCAUGGCAGUGCAAAGGGAAUCUGAGACUCCCAGGGUGGGGGAGCUGGCUGCAGCCUUUGCACCCACUUAGGCAACGUUAUCAACAAGGAUUUUGUCAGUGAGGGCCUGUUCGGUGUCCAGCCCCACCGUAGUUCCCAAACAUGUCAUUCAUUCAGCAGGGGGAUUCUGUAGCUCAUUUUGGGCGCAGCCCUUGCCCACCAGGCAGCUUUGAGAUAAUCACAGGUUUCCUUCGUCUGCAGGGAGAGAAGGUACCAUCAGGUGGGUGCAAGAGGUCUGGCCAGGAUGAAGUUGUCUUUCUCGUUUUGAAUUAAAAGCACUGAUUGUAUGAUUU